AUGCAGACUCCAGAUUUUGAUCAACUUUUGUCAAAGCACAAAAUUUUUAGAACGUCAAGUUCAUCGCCACAGGGUUCUACAGUUUUGCAAAACAAACUAGCAGUCCGUGGCACUGAUGUGUUUUAUGCAGUUGAAAAUACUGUUCGUUGCUCGAAUUUGGUUGAUUCUCUUAAUUACAAAGUUUUGAAUCUUCCCAUUGUGCAAUUUCCCAUAACCUCUAUUUUAAUCAAUUCCAGUGAAACCCUUCUUGCUAUAAUAGGCAUUCAGCGCGUUGUUGUAUGCGAUCUCCCGCCAAAUGGGUUUAUGUAUCAACCCUUUGAUGAAGUGAAAGUCAGAUGUCGUGAUGUUGGUUCUUAUUGUUUAGAUGGUGAUGUGAGAGUUUUAAAAAUUAUUUGGAACCCUAUCCACAGGUACGAUGCCAAUUUGAUCGUUCUCACAUCCGACAACAUAGUUCGUUCUUAUGAUCUUUUAACGAACAACAAUGUUCCUGAACAAGUGGUACAGCUGACAUUGUCGUCCUCAGAGACUACAACUUUAGGCGUCCAUUCUUUAGCAAAUGAGAUUAAUGAUUUUGAAGCAGUUUCAAUUGCACUAGGAUCAUCAUCUGAACCAUAUGGGAGAUUUACACUUUAUGUGCUAUCAAAAGAAGGUGAUAUAUACGCACUUUCACCAUUCAUUCCUAAUACGUUUGUACUUACCCAGAACGAACUUGAAACUGUGUUUGAUUCUGCUGUAGCUGCUGAGCAUGAACAUCGCCACAGUGAUAGUAGCGAGGUUAUUAUUCGCCGCCAUUAUAAACGUCAACUUGAUUGGGCUUCGAAUCUUUGGUCUCAAGCAUCCAUUGCUGUUGUUGAGUCGCGGCAAAAUUUACUGAAUGGAACAUUUGACGAGUAUUAUGUUUUGAAAAAACCAGAAACUUCUUUUCCUCCACAGCUUCAAGGACCAUUUAAAAUUUGUCCUUAUCCUGAUGAAUUCUACUAUAAGGAAGCUAUUGAUAUUGGUACCAUUGACAAUGGGGCUUGUACAGUAGUUUGCACUACUUACAGUGAUGGUUCAAUUCUUUUGGCUUUGCAGCUUUAUAGAAUAGAUUUGAACUGGGAUGUAAGCGAGGUUUCUUUUGAUUCCUCUCUUGAUGUGGUUGAAUUUAUAUCUCUAAAUCAACUGUCAGAUCCGAGUUUUUCAAGACUACGUUACUCACCUUCAGUUUUUGUUCCCUAUAACGCUGAAGAUUACUUCUAUAUCAUCAACGACACACUUGCUUAUAGAAUCGACAUUUCUCCAUGGAGUAAAUUUGUGACUGAGUUUAUUCAUGAUGCUACUCCUCAAAAUUUUGAUGAAGUGUUUGAUAGUCGAAACGCUUCCAAAAUCGUAUCACUUACCGAUCAAAAACUUGAUUUCUCUAAAGUCUGUGGCGUGGUGGAUGUCAAAAUUGAAAAAACCUAUAGCAUCACUGUAACCAAUGAUCACGUUUGGGUAGAUACGUUACUCGAUUCCAAUUUGAAGCCACUUCAGAUAUUGUUUUCAGCUACAGAGACAGAGAAGAUUAAACCGCCUACUCAUUUAGAUGAAAAAUUCGACAUAUGUUCUGCGUUUGACAAGCUUUCGUUUAAUAUCCCUCGUCCCAGAAAUGGGUUAUCAUUGAAAGAUCCAAUUGGAUUCAACAUUAGCACAUUGACAUAUUCAUAUGAACUUGGAGUUUAUUUUUCUGAAGAGCUGUCUAAACUUCAUCAAAUUGGUCUUGCCAUUCACAAUAGAUUAAUUGAUCAGCGAUGUGAGCUACACCGCCAAAUAUCAAGUGUCAGAAAAUUUCAGGAGCGCAAUGAAACACUGGUUCAACAAAAUCCACUGAAAAGAGUUGAAAAACUUGCUCAAAGACAAUCUUCUCUUCAAGAUCGUGCUAAUGCUCUUCUUCGCACGCUUUCAUCUAAGAGUUCUAUUUCUCUUCCUCUAAGUAACCAGGAGAAGAGCUGGAAUGCUGAGCUUGAGAGAAUCAAAUCUAGUCUUUCUGGUGUUAGAGGCUUAGAUACAAGAGUAAAGACAGCACUUUUACAAGCUGAUAUGCUCUUAAACGAUAGAAAAUUGAAAAAUCUUGAAAAGGCCAGAUUGCAAACUAAAUAUUUAGUGUCCAAUAACAUGAGUUUAUUUAAACCUCUUGAUAGUUCUAGCAAUGAGUUGAAAAGGCAAAUUUUAAAAGAGACCGAAAUCAUUAACAAUACUAAAAAUGUACUUGAAGGGGUUCUUAACGACAUCAAAGAUAAUUUCAAAAUCUGA